AUGACCCAAGAAUAUAAACUAAAGGACAUCUCCUCCUUCUCGGCCCUCAGCUCGCUAGAUAAGAUCGAGGCUGAAAUUGAGGGGAUUGACGAUGGCAAAGUCCUCCUGAUCAAGCUAGACGACAAAGUCCAUGCCCUCAGUCCACGGUGUUCGCACUAUGGAGCUCCAUUGAAGAAUGGCGUCGUGACUAGUGAUGGGAGACUUGCCUGUCCAUGGCAUGGAGCCUGCUUUAAUGUAACGACUGGUGAUGUUGAGGAUGCCCCAGCGCCCAAUGCGUUGAAUAAGUUUGAGGUCUUUGAGAAAAAUGGUGGCGUGUAUAUUCAUGCUAGGGAAGAAGAUAUCAAAGCAGGACAGCGCAAUCCCGUUGUGAAUUGCAGCGUGUCGGAGCCUGAGGAGAAGCUGGUGGUGGUCGGAGGAGGAAGUGGAACUUUGGGCCUGAUCCAAGCUCUCCGAGAGCUUAAAUAUCCCGGUUCUAUCACAAUCAUCUCCAAAGAACCCUACCUGAUCAUAGAUCGCACCAAGCUAUCCAAGGCUCUCAUCACGGAUCCAACUAAGAUCCAAUGGCGACCCCAAGAGUGGUAUGCACAGGCGGCCAUAGAGACCAUCACAGAUGACGUGACAGCCGUGGAUUUCCAGCAAAAGUCCAUCUCCACCAAAUCUGGGAAGACCGUCCCCUACACCAAGCUCGUCCUAGCCACAGGCGGCGUACCACGCACUCUACCACUGCAAGGUCUGAAAGGCGAACUGAACAAUAUCUUCACCCUCCGCGGCAUAGAUGACGUGCAAUCCAUCCUUGCCGCAGCAGGUGACGCAAAGAAAAACAUCGUCGUAAUCGGCAGCUCCUUCAUCGGCAUGGAAGUCGGCAACGCCCUAUCCAAGAACCACAACGUGACCAUCGUCGGCAUGGAAUCCGCCCCCAUGGAACGCGUAAUGGGCGUUCAAGUCGGCCAAAUCUUCAAAUCAAACCUCGAGAAGAAUGGAAUCACCUUCUACCUCUCUGCGAAUGUCAGCCACGCAACCGCCUCCCCGUCAAACACCCACACCGUCGGCGCAGUGCAUCUAAAGGAUGGAACCACCUUGCCCGCCGACCUGGUCAUCCUCGGCGUGGGCGUCCGUCCGGCAACGGACUUCCUCCGUGAUAACAAAGCCAUCACCCUUGAGAAAGAUGGCUCGCUCACCACAGACUCCCACUUCCUCGUGAAGGGCCUGCAGGAUGUCUUCGCCGUCGGCGAUAUAGCUACAUACCCGUACCACGGCCCUGGCGCUGAUGCGAAGGGUUCACCCGUACGCAUCGAGCACUGGAACGUAGCGCAGAACUCCGGACGUGCGGCGGCGCGGGCGAUUGCACAUGCGCGCCGUGGACCGCUGUCUUCGUUGAAACCCAAGUUGUUCAUUCCUGUAUUCUGGUCUGCGCUUGGGGCGCAGUUGCGGUACUGUGGAAAUCCGGUUAAUGGGUAUGAUGAUGUUAUUCUGCGCGAGCAGGGAGAGGGGAAGUUCGUUGCGUUUUAUACGAAUGGGGAGACUGUUGUGGCUGUUGCUACUAUGGGUGCUGAUCCUGUGAUGGUGAAGUCCGCGGAGUUGAUGAGGGUUGGCAAGAUGCCUAGCAAGGCGGAGAUUGUUGGUGGUGCGGAUGUUUUGGGUAUUAAGAUGUAG